AUGCAGAUCGCGGCUCCUGGCGAGGCGGGCGAGCCGUUUGCUUGGGCGGGUGUUUACGAUGGCCAUGGCGGCUUUGCGGUUGCGGACUGGCUGAAGAACAGGCUGUUUGAGGUCGUGGAAAAGGAGUGGAGUAACGGGUACAAGCCGGAGUUCUCCAUCAAGGAGGCGUACCUGGCCGCCGACCGCAAGCUGCUAUCCGUGGGCGGCGGCUUCAUGGGUAUGGGGGAGCGCGGCGUGGGGGGGUCCAAGUGCGGCGCCACAGCUGCCAACACCCUGCUCUUCGCAGCCCCCGACGCCGCCUCCACCACUCUCCUCACCGCCAACGUCGGCGACGCGCGCAUCGUGCUCAUUCGCGGCGGCCAGCCCGUGCAGCUGACGGAGGACCACGUGCCGGAUCGGGAGGAGGAGCGGAUCCGGAUCGAGCGCAUGAACCCGAAUCCAAAGCUGCCGCUGGUGCGGUACAUGGGCGGUACAUGGCGAGUGGGCGGGCUGCUGGCGCUGAGCCGCGCCUUCGGAGACGCCUACCUGAAGGGCUCCUUGCAGUUCGAGGGUGUGGCGGCGGGGAGUGACGGGUACAGCAGCGGUUUUGGCGUGAUUGCGGAGCCGUACACGACGUUGACGCCGCUGACGGCCGAGGACAGCUGGCUGGUGGUGGCCUCUGACGGUCUGUUCGCGGAGGAGGAGCGGGGUGGUGGGGGGGGCCUGGACAACCAGGGGCUGGCGGAGGUGCUGGCGGCGGUGCCCCCGGGGGCUGAUCUGAACAAGGUGGCGGAGGCCCUGGCGACCGCGGCGGUCAAGGUGGGCUCUACGGACGAUGUGACGGUGGUGGUGAUGCGUCUAGCCGUCGCGUAACGCCGCUGAGAAUGAGAAUGAGAAUGAGAAAUGAUAUUUGUUUGGGGUAAGAAAAACACAUCACCGCGCACACAGUGCUGGUUGGAAUGCGCUGGGACUGGGCCGCGAAUCCGAGUUGGACACGUAGGGGUUGUCAGGAAGGCGGACGUUGACAGCGAAUUGAAGACAGCGAUUUGCUGAUUUUGAGGCUGUGUCUUUGUGGUCUUUGCGUUCAAGUGGUCUGGGAAGAGGGUGCUGGUGGUGGUGGUGGUAGGGCGAAGGGCGAAGUGGCGUAUGGCCUCCUUUUUGAGGUUUCGACAUUCCCUCCCUCCCUCCCCUCUUCCUGGGGGAGAACGUUAGGUGGGUUUUGUGUUCUCUACUUUUGCCGCUGUGGUGGUGUGGAGCCGCUUUUUGACCUUUCCUUGGUUCCUGGUUUGCCUUCCUUACAAGAGGAUGACCGACAGAUUCUCCAGCUCGUAAGGAUGUAUACGCGACUGAGAGCCCCCGGCCAUGCUGCUCGAGUUUUGUGACUGUACAGUAUAGCACGUUUUGCGUCGUAUUUAAGUGGGAUUCGGAACAAGGCGCGCUUUGUCCCUCCAUUUUUUCUCUCCAUUUUUGGUGUAAGUCUUUGCGAGAGUGGAGUCCU